UCCCGGGCGACCAGUUAGAGCCGGUGGAUGAAGCUAACUUAGGCUUCACAUUUUGUUUACUAAAGCUACGGUUACGAUUUGGUUAGGCAGGCCUCUACCGGCCUGUGAUUGGCCGAAUUUGCAAAUUGGUCAAACAAGCAACAACUCAGCGCAAUUCUGAAUACUUCGCGUACUUGGACCGAGGUCAGUGGAAGUUUUUUCAGAGAUUUUACCUUUUUGAAGUUCAGUUUAGCACCUGGGGUGGAAUCUCUUAUAGCAGCAGCGUAUAUAGAAAUUUUAGUACUGUUCACACCCGCCAGAGUGUUUUCAAGCAGUAGUGUUUGUUUACUUUUUCUUCCCACGCUUGUGAAAAUUUAGCUAUGGCGGCAAUUUGCAAAAAUUUGUUGGAAUGCUGAACACGUGAAGUGUAUUAGUUUGACGAUUUUGAUUUUGUUUCCGUACACGGCUUUUUUGCAGUGUUGUAUUUUUUUGCAAGUAGUGUAAGAAAAUAAUAAUGGUGCGAAAGAGACCUUGUUGUGUACCCUUGUGUAGUGACAAAAUUUCUGUGCGCCACCGUUUUCCACUUAAAAACGUAGAUGUUUUUGACUUGUGGAUUCAGAGAAUAAAUCCAAAACUGCAAGGCCUUGAGAGGAAAAAGGUUUAUGAUACCUAUCUUGUAUGCGACCGACAUUUUAACGAACAGUGCAAGAAUGCUGGUUCAAAGAGUCUCAAAAUUUACUCUUUGCCGACACAACAUCUUCCAGAAUUCCAUGAAAAGUCUGUGAAGGAAAAUUCAUUCCUCUAUCCCCUUGAUAUCACAGCUGGGAUAAUUGCAAAGGCCAACAACGACAGCAGGAGUUGCACAGUUGGAAUUGAAGAAAGUUGUGAUGGCAUACAACUGCUGGGGCCAUGCAGUUCAUUAUCUGUGCGUGAGGAUUGUCAAGUAGAAACAAGAGCAGAGGAAAAUAUCAGUAUGCCGGAAAUUCGAGUUGAGGAAAUGUUGGAUGGCAUACAACCAUUGGAGCCGUGUAGUUCACCAGCUGUGCGUGAGGAUGUCAAAAGUACAGGAUUCAGUGAGGAGCCUUCAAAGGAGCAUAAUGUUGAGCACACUGUUUGCAAAUCUUUGUUGAAAAAUGUCAGUGUAACUCGGCAAAAAGUACUGACUCCUAAAGCUCGUAGGCUAUACCAAGAUGCAAUUAAACUAAGACACAAUAAGGCAAUAUUGGCUGGGAGGGUCAAAAACUAUAGAACAAGAGUAAAGCUUGCUGAGAAAUUUGCUACUUCAAAAAUGUUUGACUACAUUGCAAACAGAGUUAAUGACGUCACGUAUCGUUUCUUCUUGUCGCAGCUGAAAUCACAAAAAGUGAUUCCCAAAGGUAGAAGGUUUACAUUAGAUGAUAAACUUCUUGCCCUUGCACUGUCAAAGCAGAGUAAUAAGGGCUACAGGUUGUUAUCAAAGUACUUUGCUUUGCCAUCCAAGAGAACACUGACAAAAGUUCUGGGAAAUUUCCAUUUUGAUCCUGGUGUCAAUGUGCAUGUAAUGGAGCAAUUAAAGAAAGCUGUGGCAAGACUUACUCCGAAGGACAGAUAUUGCACUCUUGUAUUUGACGAGCUGAGUCUUCAGCCUAACAUACACUACGAUGAGAAUGGUGAUGUUAUUGUAGGAUUCCAAGAUUUUGGCAAUGGAGAACGGAAACCAGUGUUUGCAGACCAUGCAUUAGUUUUUAUGGUGCGUGGCCUUAAAAAACGUUGGAAACAGCCUAUUGCAUUUGCAUUCAUUGAAGGUUCAACCAAAACCACUGACCUAGUUCGCUGUAUUAAAGAUGUUGUCACAGCUGUUCAACAGACUGGGCUUAAAGUUGUUGGCACUAUCUGUGACCAAGGUACGUCAAACCAAGCUGCCAUAAAUUACCUUCUAAAAGAAAGUGAUGAGAUGUGCAAGAGGAAAGGCAUAGAAAAUCGUAAUUCAGGAAUGGUAAUUAAUGGAGAAGAGAUAAUUCCCUUAUUUGAUCCUCCACAUCUUUUAAAGGGGAUAAGAAACAAUUUGCUCACCAAAGAUGUCCUGUUCAUUUGGGAGAAAGGUCAGCAAGUAGCUUCGUGGAGGCAUGUUCUCCAACUUUACGAAGUAGACAGUCGUCAUCAUCGAGAUGACUUGAGAGCAUGCCCGAAACUAACGGAAGAGCAUGUUGUGCUUGCAAAAAUCAAGAAAAUGAAAGUGAAGAAUUGCACACAGGUCUUCAGUCAACGAUUGUCGUCUACAAUGCGGCUGCUUGCAGAGUGGGGUGAUUUUGAUGGGAGAUUAGAGAAAAGUGCCAUUGACACAGCAGAUUUUCUUCUCUUCAUGGAUAAACUUUUUGACAGUGUCAAUGGUACACGUAUCCAUGCUGUUGAAGGGAAGUUGCUCCGCUGUGCUGUUACUGCACGUUCUCCACAUGUUCAGUUUUGGAGAGAUGCGAUUCCUGUCUUGGAAUCAAUACAGUUCACCAAUGGCAAAACUUCAACAAGACCACCUUCUGUGAAAAACUGGGUUCGUACAGUUAAGGGUUUUCUUCAUAUCUGGGAUAAGUUGAAAGAAGACUUCAAGUUUCUUGCACCAAGAAACUUCAAUCAAGAUCCCUUGGAGAAUUUCUUUGGCUCAGUUAGGAGCCACGGAGUGAGAAAUAUCAAUCCAACUUGUUCUAAUUUUAAAUCAUCUUUCAAAGGUUUGCUCUUAAAUAACUUAGUCUCAGCACACUCUGUUUGCUCUAACUGUGAGGAUGAUGACUGUAUUGGUCCUCUAGAUUCUUUGAAGGAGCUGGUGGGGAGUGUAAAAUCUUCUACUGUCUGUCCAGAAACACCAUUCCAUGUUCAGACUCCUGUAGACUAUACUGUACCGCAGACACGUUUGUCACGUGCCACAAAAGUUUAUGUGACCGGCUAUCUUGCCAGGAAAGUCCUUAAAAAAUUGAAAGGUUGCAUAUCUUGUAAGAAAGUUCUCAUAAGCGAUUGCAGUGUGCCUAACAAUGAAAUUAUCAUUGCAAGAUCUUACUCUGCCAAAUCCCUAUGUCAUCCACAUACAACAUUUUCUGACACUUGCAAUACCAUUGUAAAAGUUAUUACUUCUGAGUUACCAAAAAUCUGUUAUCAGCCAGGUGUCAGACAGAAGAUAUUGGCCAAGAUUCUGAAUUCUGAAACAAGAUUAAUAUCGUGUUCUAUACACAAUCUUCAUGAGUGUGUGGCAGAUAUUGUUGUUAAAUUUUAUGUACAUCAGUGGUGCAACAACAUCAAUAGGCUGUUAAAGGGAAAAUUUAUUCCAAAAGUGUUUACUGAUCCUUUAAAGAAAGCAGCAUAUCAAAAAUACUUGAAAUCUCGUUCUGGAAAAAGUGUAGGUAAAUAAUAUACAUAUUGUAGGUUCUUGGUGUACACACUCCUCACAUUUUAAAAUUUAUGUUAACAUCAUGACUUGGAUGAAAAUAGUAUUUUUGUCUGAAAAGAAUUCAUUUCAUACACACACUAAAAUGUCAAUUGCUUUAAUUAAUAUAAUGGUUAUGAAAAAAAUUUUUAUAAAAUUGUUUGCACAGCAUUUUGUUUAUAUAGAUUAUAUAUCAAUAAAUCAGACUACAGCAUUUACGUUUAGAAUUGUAGUAUUAAUUAGCAUUUAUCAAGUUAUUAAACAGUAAAAACAAAUCUUUUACUGAACCAAAAAAUUAACAUUCAGCAUUCAGCCAGGUUUUUCCCUAAUUAUUUGUUCUUAAUAAGUAACAUUGUACACUGUGUUUACGUAUGUACAUACCUUUGUUUUGAUUACAGAAACAUAAACAAUAUAAAUGUAAUGAAUAUACACAUAUUCAGUAAAUGUGAAACAAGUUAUUUUUCAUACACACUGUUAAAUCACAGCUCGUAAUGUUUGCAGUUUAUUAAUUUACUGCUAUUUUUGAUGAGACUGAUCUAAAAAAAUGUUCUGUAAUCUUUUUUUCUCUCCUGAUUUUGUAUGUAAUACUACAAUUGAUAGCAGCAACAUGCAUUUCAACAGUCACUACUGAUGAAAAAUGUGUGCUGCUUUGAAAGCAUAGUACCAAUUUGAUUCACGAAUGUACCCUUAAACGCUCGUUCUUGUCACAAGUUAUUCCCAUUUACGUGUUAAACAAUUCCUUCAUUAAGUUUGUAUAAAAUUUGAAAUAAACACACAAAUAAAGGAUAAAUAAAACUUUCUUUUUCCACAUGUUAGCAUAGGUUACAGUUACUGACCUCAUAUUGCAAAAUGUUUUUGGUAUGUGCAGACAUUUUGUGUUGUUAGUCAUUUCUGUGUGACAGUAACAUUUAUCUGCUUUUAGGCCUAAUUGUUUCCCUUUGUUUAUAGCUAAGAAACCAUUUUGUUGCAUUGUAUAGCUUAUAACUUAGUCUCUUUGUAACAUUUCAUCACACCUAUAUAGUUAAUACUUUUCCAUCAUUUCUCUAGAUUGAAAAUGGUAAAACAAUGGUUUCAUCACCCUAAUGUUAUGGAUCCAAUAUGUAAAUUGUGGUUUGGUUUUAUUCAUUGGGAAUAUUUAUAUUACCCCUCAAACAACUCCUUCAGUUUACACAUCAUACUUUGAAGCCCUUGAAGAUAAGUUUUUGUGAAUUCUGAUGUCUCUUUAAUAAUGUAACGUUGCCCCUGCCCUCCUAGCUAAAUAUUUUUCUUUUAAACUAUUUUCAUGAAGGUAAAUAUUUCUUAAAAAAAGUCUCGCUAAGCAUAUCUGACCGUUUUUAUGUAUUUUAGGGUUGAUAUUUGUACUUGCUGUGUGUUUUAAGAAUGUACUUUGUAUUUUAACAGACAUUUGCAAUCAUUACUAUUUUUUAUGUAAUUAUUCACAAAUAAACUGUUGUACUGGAUCUUUGCCUGUUUUGGCCUACUUUUUCAGGUUUUUCUAAAUAAGUUUAAUUUUUUAAAGUAAUUUGUAUUAUGAUUGCUGUUACAUAAGGUUCUAGAACAAUGGAUUUGGUGUGGGAUGUAUUAGAGAUAGGCAUAAGAGGCCUGUAAGUGCGAGAGAGAACGAAACAGUGAUUCCCCGGUAACAGAGACAAAAGCUGGGAUUCACCACUGGUCGUGGGAACUGAGUGAUAACUGCUGUCUCACUGUGUGGGAGAGAGAACGAGAAUGUAAAGUCCCUGGCUCUGGGUAUAUAAAACUGUUUUCAAUGUAUGUCGCGUAUUCCUAUUGGCUUGUGAUUUGUAUUGUGAAUGAAGCGUGUGUGUGAUUGGUCGGUGACGUCAUGUGACUGCCCUCCCUGCGUGAAGGACACAGUGCCAUGAUCUCACGUCGUCUGUCGAUCGCUGCACCAGGAGGGCGCGUUCGGUGGCUUCUCACGAAACAUGUAGUAAUUGUGGAAUAGAAAACGUAACGUCGGUAGCUAGAGCCAUGCCGUUUAAUCAUUUGUUGUUUUGAAACUUUUUGGACAUUUUUUGUAAUUAGAAAUUGCGGCUACCGACGUCGGUGUCUGGCUCGUGGCAAAAUUCAUUUUCGCUGGGGGCGGCCAUGUUUGAGACCGCACUGAUUUUGUUUACUUACAGUAAAAUGUUACUGAAGGACUUAAUCUACGUUAUUUUUUGUUAAUUCUCAUCGCCCGAGCUGCGAGCAAUUUCGACAGGCGGAUGUACGAAUGGAAUGAGUGAGAAAUAUUUUGAAAGUGUUUGGAUUCGUCGGUGCAAUAUUCUAUUUUGAAAAAUAAAACUAAAACUACAA